AUGUCCGAACAAACUAUUGUCCUCAUAACUGGUGCCAACUCUGGCGUCGGUUACGCAACAGCGAAAGCCAUCUUAUCCGACCCAAAGUACCAUGUAAUACUAGCCUGUCGAGAUCCCUCGAAAGGACAAGAAGCAUGUUCUCAGCUCCAGGCCUCCAAUAUUCAAGGAACACUUUCUGUCAUUCAGCUAGAUGUCGAAGAUGACACUUCAAUCUCCAAGGCCGUGAACACCGUAUCCGAGCAAUUCGGACGAGUCGACGUCUUUAUCAGCAACGCAGGCACAACCUCGCCUGGCUCUACUGGACGCGAUAAACUCGGAAAAAUAUUCUCCACAAAUGUCUUCGGUGCGAUGCUUGCUUCAGAGGCUUUCAUCCCACUUCUACUUCAAUCACGUCAUCCUUGUCUCAUUCAGAUAUCAAGCGCAUUGGGUUCGUUGGCUCUUGCAUCUGAUCCAAAUAGUGAGCAUAGUAUCCCGGUUUGGGAUGAAUACCGGAUGAGCAAAGCUGCGUUAAAUAUGAUGACUGUUCAAAUGCAUAAGCGACUCGAAGGGAAAGUCCGUGUUUUUGCUUUUUGUCCUGGUCUCGUGCGAUCGAUGCUGAGGGGUGUUUCGGAAGAGGCUGUUAGUGCUCAAGGUCAUGCUGGGGAUCCCAUGGAGUCGGGAAAGGCGAUCUUCGAGAUUAUUCUCGGGCGGAGGAAUGAUGACGUUGGUAAGUUUCUUCACAAAGAUGGAUUCUAUCCUUGGUAG